AUGGGACACCCGGGCCAUAUACAGCGAUCAGUAUGGGACACCCGGGCCAUAUACAGAGAUCAGUACGGGACACCCGGGCCAUAUACAGCGAUCAGUAUGGGACACCUCAGCUGUAUACAGCAAUCAGUACGGGACACAGGGCCAUUAUACAGCGAUCAGUACGGGACACCCGGGCCAUAUACAGUGAUCAGUAUGGGACACCCGGGCCGUUUCCAGCGUUCAAUACGGGACACCCAGGCCGUAUACAGUGAUCACCUUGGCGAGCAGUACUACAAAGAUGCCAUUGAACAGUGCCACAACUAUAAUGCCCGGCUGUGUGCAGAGAGGAGUGUGAGGCUACCUUUCCUGGACUCGCAGACCGGAGUGGCUCAGAGCAAUUGUUACAUCUGGAUGGAGAAACGGCACCGCGGGCCAGGAAUGGCCCCAGGACAGCUCUACACUUACCCUGCUCGUCGCUGGAGGAAGAAGAGGAGGGCACAUCCCCCUGAGGACCCACACCUUAGCUUCACAGCUCUUAAACCAGAGCUAGAUUUGGGCCUGAAGAAGGAUGUUUUGGUGCCCCCUGAUGGCAGCAGCCUGGAGGCCUUACUGCGAGGAGAGGCUGUGGAGAAACAGCGAGGAAUAUCUGACCACCGAGAUGAUGACAGUCUUAAUGACUACCCUGUGAACAACAGCCGUGCCAGGAAGGUGUGUACAGUCUCAGCACAGAGACAUAACCCUACAGUAAAGGGUCAGCCAUGCUAG